AUGCGCCUACUUUCUGUCCUCGCUUUGGCUUUUGUACUGCUUGUAUUAUUCUGUAUUGGUAUUUUUUUGCUCAUCCCAUUCCCAUUAGCAAUCUUCCAACAAAUCGUCAACUCACAAGUAUAUAUACAAAGAAAAUACGACGGUCAAUAUCCAACGGGUACAUAUUUUUGGUCUCGGCUACCUGCGACUCAAUAUUUCGAAUUUUAUCUAUUCAAUGUCACCAAUCCGGAUGAAGUGCUCUAUUAUGGGGCCAAACCAAAUGUCAUUGAUGUCGGACCGUAUACCUACGCCGAAACGGAAUUCAAGGAUUUCAUCGAAUUCCGCAAUGACGAUAAAGAAGUAUUUUAUCAGAACAAUAAAACUUGGAUUUUUAAUAAAUCAAAAUCCUGUCGAGAUUGCAAUUUCGAUGACAAUAUAAUCACCCCAAAUACAGCAUAUAUGAGUGUGGUGUACAUACAAAUCAAUCAAGCAAAUGUACCUAUUCUUAACUUAGGAAUGGAUUUAUUAACACUUAUAACAGGCGAAGUACCUUUAAGGACAAUUUCUGGUUCGGGAACACUUUUUGUUGGAUAUUCUGAUCCCAUUAUUAAUCUAAUUAACAGUCAAUUAGCUAAGAUGGUUCUCAGUUUUCUCGGAAAUCCAUUGGAAAUUCCGCAAGUUGUUACAGGAGGAUUUUUCCCAGAGUAUAAUCACACUUGUGAUGGAAAUUAUACUGCUAAAACUGGAAAAGAUAAAGUGGAAAACACUGCGCUUAUUCAAACGUGGCUAGGAAGAACUCAUCUACCAUGGUGGAAUUCCGAAGAGACUAGGGACCUUAGAAAUAGCGGAGACGGUAGUUUCCAGAAACCAGGACUUAAAAAAUCAGACAAAUUGAAACAAUUUCAAUCAUUUGCUUGCCGAACCUAUUCGCUUAGUUAUUCUGGUCAAAGUGGCACGUCAAAUGGUAUACCAGUAAUGGAUUUCAAAAUGAAUGACGAUAAUUAUGACACUUUCAAACACCCUGGAUAUCGAUACGAAAACAACGAAAAAGUUAAUUAUUUCCCAAAUUGGCCUUGUGGUCCGAAUCACAAAAAGAAAGACAACGGAAACUGUGCUCAAAUUGAUUGUAAUCAAUACGAAAAUUUUUGCCAUAGUUGCUGCGAUGGUUCAUUUAUUAAUGGAACUUAUCUCCUUCCGCCAGGAAUGGUUCCCCAGAGAUGUUUGCCAGGACAAAUCAUUGAAGUUCCAUUUGGCGCUUUUCUAUCACCUCCUCAUUUUUAUUCCUCGCCGGCAGAAGUCACAAACUCGAUCGGUGGACUCCAUCCUCAAAAAGAAAAACAUGAAACUGGGCAUUUCAAGAUCAAUCCCACGACGGGUAGUACAGUCGAUGCCUCCUUUCGAAUGCAACUCUCAAUUCCAAUUUUCAAUUCGGUGAUUUUCACAACCAUGAGCAAUUCUCCAAACUCGAUUAUUCCCUCUUUUUGGUUGAACAUUUCUAUUGAACCUAGAGAUUAUGCAAUUUCAUAUCUUAAAUUUAGCAUAGUGACCAUUCCAGCAAUCAUCUUAGGCGUCGGAAUCUCAUUUCUCGUGAUAUCUGUUAUAUCAACACUUGCAUGGAUUUUCCUAUGGCUGAGGAAAAGAAAAGCGAACAAUAGCAAAACUCUGACGACGCGCUAUUUAACUGAAAUCCCUUCCACGUGGGAGAGCGAAUAA